AUGGCCACCACUGAUAUUGCGACGAUGUGUGGGAAUUUGACACUAGCGGACGUGGAUGAUGAAGAGGUCUCAGUACAGUUGCCCAUUGCAUCAGUUAAUCUGGAAAAUGAGGAGGAAGUAUUCUACGUCGUCGGCCGCUUGGUUACGAACAAGCCGGUACGACUGCCUUUCUUCCAUGACACUAUGGCGGACGUCUGGAGUCCGGUGAUGGGGGUCAAUGUGAAGGAGUUGAGUCCACGAAGGUAUUUGUUCCGGUUCUAUCUCGAGAGGGAUAUCGACCGGGUCAUUGCUGAGGGCCCCUAUUCGUAUGACCAGUGCUUACUGAUUCUAAGGAGGGUUCCAGCUGGCCAGGACCCCGAGUUAGUACCCCUCAUGCAUGCGGAGUUCUGGGUACAGAUCCAUGCGCUCUCGGGUGGAUUCCAAUCCGAGGCGAUCGUCAGGGCAAUCGGAUCAUUCAUGGGCACUUUCAUUAGGGCAGAUGAACGGAAUUUCGAUGGCGCAAUGAGGUCUUUCUUUUGCGUCCGAGUGGCAAUCGAUGUAGCCAAGCCCUUGAAGAAGCAGAUGAAGUUGAAGAUGGAUAAUGGAGGUUGGGCGAUCAUUGACUUUAAGUAUGAGCGCAUCCAACGUUCUGCUUCCUAUGUGGAAUCAUUGGUCACUAGGAACGAAGUGGAAAGCGUCCGUUGUGGAUUCGUUGGCUCUCCGGAGAAGGUGGCUACUGAUGGUCUUAGGGUCCCUGAGGUGGUGGUUUCCGAUCCCAAGCAAAGACGGACAGAAGGGGUUGGUGUGGUAGGGAUGGACUGUGAGGCAUCAGGGUCAAAAAACUUACCAGAGGCAGGACUUGCAGCGCAGUCCCGUCAAGGAUUAUGA